UGCGGCACAAGGAGGGAAAUGGGCUAGCCUCCGACAACUAUGAAGGCAGCCUGGAGCCUAAAAGGGUAGUAAAGAAAUCCAUCCUUGCUGUCCCCGCCAGCGCCCCCCGCCCCCCGCUGCCAACCCCGAGGCCCCAGCAGGGCGGAUGCAGGGUGGCGCAGGGGCGAAAUCUCGCGAUAACAGAGCAGCCAGGCGGGGGUGGCACCUCUUCCUCCACCUCCUCCUGCUCGCGUUAGUUCCGGUCGCAGAGGAGACACCGCCGCAGUUGCCGCCACCUCGGAGAUUUCUGGCUCUCUUCUCUUCGCCUUAAAUUCGGGUGUCUUUUAUGAAUAAUCAAAAGCAGCAGAAACCAACGCUAUCAGGCCAGCGUUUUAAAACCAGAAAAAGAGAUGAAAAAGAGAGGUUUGACCCUACUCAGUUUCAAGACUGUAUUAUUCAAGGCUUAACUGAAACUGGUACCGAUUUGGAAGCAGUAGCUAAGUUUCUUGAUGCUUCUGGAGCAAAACUUGACUACCGCCGCUAUGCAGAAACCCUCUUUGACAUCUUGGUGGCCGGUGGAAUGCUGGCCCCAGGUGGUACACUGGCAGAUGACAUGAUGCGGACAGAUGUCUGUGUGUUUGCAGCACAAGAAGACCUAGAGACCAUGCAAGCAUUUGCUCAGGUUUUUAACAAGUUAAUCAGGCGCUACAAAUACCUGGAGAAAGGUUUUGAAGAUGAAGUUAAAAAGUUGCUGCUGUUCUUAAAAGGUUUUUCAGAGUCGGAGAGGAACAAGCUCGCUAUGUUGACUGGGGUUCUUCUGGCUAAUGGAACACUUAAUGCAUCCAUUCUUAAUAGUCUUUAUAAUGAGAAUUUGGUUAAAGAAGGAGUUUCAGCAGCUUUUGCUGUAAAGCUUUUUAAAUCAUGGAUAAAUGAAAAAGAUAUCAACGCAGUCGCUGCAAGUCUUCGGAAAGUGAGCAUGGAUAACAGACUGAUGGAACUUUUUCCUGCCAAUAAACAAAGUGUUGAACACUUUACUAAGUAUUUCACAGAGGCAGGCUUGAAAGAACUUUCAGAGUAUGUCCGCAAUCAGCAGACCAUAGGAGCUCGGAAGGAGCUCCAGAAGGAACUUCAGGAACAGAUGUCCCGUGGUGAUCCAUUUAAGGAUAUAAUUUUAUACGUCAAAGAGGAAAUGAAAAAAAACAACAUCCCAGAACCAGUUGUCAUUGGGAUAGUCUGGUCAAGUGUAAUGAGCACUGUGGAAUGGAACAAAAAAGAAGAGCUUGUAGCAGAGCAAGCCAUCAAGCACUUGAAGCAAUACAGCCCUUUACUUGCUGCCUUUACUACUCAAGGUCAGUCUGAACUGACUCUGUUACUGAAGAUUCAGGAGUAUUGCUAUGACAAUAUUCAUUUCAUGAAAGCCUUCCAGAAAAUAGUGGUGCUUUUUUAUAAAGCUGAGGUCCUGAGUGAAGAGCCCAUUCUGAAGUGGUAUAAAGAUGCACACGUUGCAAAGGGGAAAAGUGUCUUCCUUGAGCAAAUGAAGAAAUUUGUAGAAUGGCUCAAAAAUGCUGAAGAAGAAUCUGAGUCUGAAGCUGAAGAAGGUGACUGAAUUUUGAAACAACAUCCUCAGUAAAGCAAACAGGAGUUGUAGAUAAUAUGUCAUGUCUCAUGUGUCCUGGUUCUUACAUCUUCCUACCUCCCUAUAUCAAGCAUGAUAUAAGGGCUUUCAUGGCAAAUUUUAUUUUAACUUGUUUCUAUGGUUACUGGAAAUGUUGGGUUUAGUUUCUACAACCAUGUUUUAAGUAGCUACAGGAGCUGUAGAGUCAAAUCUAAUGUUGCAUUAGUUUUUUCAGUUAUUUUCUACCUCCUGUAUUUUCUACUGUAAUGUAAUUUAAGGCCUUCCACAAUGAACAGUUUACUUUAUUCCCUGGGUUUUCUAUAUAAAGUUUUCAAAAUAUGAUUUGGUUAAAAAAUAAUUUGUUAUGAAAAUUCUGUUUGCAAAUUAAACUGUAAAAGUAUCCAAAGUCUCAAAAGGCAGUGAUUUGUUUGGAUAAUUUAGUAUGUCCAGAGCCCUGUUCAUCAAUGAAAAUCUCUUAGGUAAUAAUUGAAUUCAUAACAUGAAUCCUGCUUAUUUUUAACCCCAGGUGGUGGUUGCUCUUUGGGUUUUAUCCUUAGUAAAGCCAUGGGGAACAAACGAGUUUGAGAAAUCUUAUGUGGCAGAGGUAGUAGGGACAAGGAGGUUGGGCUUUUUCCUAGAGACUUCCGCAUUCCUUUUGUAUCUUUACAGGUGAAACAAAUACUGUUUCAUACAAGCGUUUUGGUUUUGGUUUGUUUUUGUUUGUUUUUUUCUGAGUGCCCUUAGACUGUUAGAGGAGAGGGUUACUUAACAGAGUGUUGGUAAAAGGACUCAUGCUCUAACCCAAAAAGAUGGUUGGAAAUAUUGAGGCUGAGCAUGUUCUAACCAGGGACCUAACCCUGACUUAUUCCUAAUGCGAGGAGUGAGGUGUAAUGCUAACCAUCCCUGCUGGUUGUCUGUCUUCAUUCCAGCAGCAUUGAGCAGCGAAGGACUCAAGCACCUGGAUCAGCAUACCCUGGUUGCCAUUUUUUAAUUGCCAUGAGUCAAGUAUUUCUUUGAAGUCUUCAAUGGCUGCCUUUUUUGUCACUUUUUUUUUUUAAUCCAUUUGUAGUUAAUAGUGGGAAAUGUAGCUGUGGUUUGGGGUAGAAAGGCUUGUUAAAAGUGAACAUUUUGAAAUUUUUUUAAUUGGUGAAAGGAAAUGGCCUAGAAUAAUGCUGCCAGACAGUGGAAAUUGCCCAUUUUGAAGGUGCCAUUCUUAGAAGCCAAGAAUUUGCUAUUUAAAAGUUAUCUUGAGAAUAACAUGUAAUAUAAUUUGAAAUAAAGAUAAGAGCAUUAGAACUGAAAACAUUGUUGGGUGGGGUGAAUUUGUUAAAUGAAUAACUUUGAUAAAGUUUUAUGCACAGGCAAAAUGUAUUCACUAAAUUUCUGUGUAGUGAUCUACUUUUCCUUUGUAAUUUGUAGCCCUCAAGACUUUUUUUUUAAAUAAAGUCCAUCCUUACACUUAGGUUUUAUAGAUCAGUCUUUUUUUUUUCCCCAUAAGCUCACUUAACACCCAAUGCUGUGCUGUAUGUUCUGUGUUCAGAUGUCUUUACUAUGUAAGCAUUAAACAAUAAUUUCUCCUUUCAUCCUUAAAACUAUCAAAUUGUAAACACCUACACCAAAUUAUGAUGUAGCUGAAACUACAUUGACAUUUCUACAGCCAAAUCAUUGCAUGUUACUGCCAUACAAAGUGUACCCUAUCUUAUUAUAUACUGUGUAUAGUAAAGAGUGUGUAGUCUUCCAGAACUACAUUAUGAUCUUUGAUCAUGGGUUUUUUCUUUGAUAAUGACACAGUAGUGUUUACUUAAAAUAGUAAGUGGGUAAGGCACCUUACAAGUAAAAUGUAAAGAAAAGGAAUGCUUUAUAAAAUAAAAUUGCCAGUGCCAACAUAAUGGCUCCAAAUAUGUAAUUACUGAUGCAGAUGUGAAAACUGUAAUUAUGAUUGGGUGACUGUCUAGUCUCUCCUGAUUUGGGUGUCCAUUUCAUAGGCUUAAUCCCUUGGAUGUUCUGUGUUUAGAGCUGAUCAUAAAUUUCCCCAUACUCUGGGAAUAUUGUCUUAGAGAUAUCUAUUCUGUUCUUAUAAAAAAAAAAAAACCUCCAGAUACCAAAAAUGCCACAUAAUACUAUAUAUA